CUCUAUGCAGAUGUUCCCUUGGCAACCUAGAGACUAGUUUACGUAACGCUUCUCACAAUUUUGACAUUGAUUGUCAGUUUUGGAGUGUGAAAAACGAUGGAGAAAGCUGAUAGUAUUGUACUGACAAUUCAUGGAAACGUUCGGACUACCGAGUUCCCGGAAGAAUCCAAUGUUUGUGUCAAACUGAGCACUGUUGCAACAGGCGAUUGGAAAAUAAUCAAUGGAGAGACAGUUUCACUAUCCUCGUUCUCAUUUCGAGGCGCUGAUAAUCAGAUUUUCAUCGAUUUGCCCUUCGAGUGUGGUUUGAAAGGAAGCAGCCCUUUUAUGUGGCCUCGUCUUGUACUCAACUGUUUUUCUAAAGACCAUUCUGGUAAAGAUUGUGUGACUGGCUAUGGUAUGCUUCCGAUUCCAACAGAGCCUGGAAAACACGUUUGCCGAGUACACUGUUUCCUGCCAGAACCUUCUUCGACAGUUCAGCAAUUGAUUGCAAAGUUGAGACGAGUGAAUGCAGAGUUUGUGGAUCCAAUGUUACCGGCGAAUGCAGAUGGAAGAUAUGCCUGCCGAACAUCAACAAAAGGCUACGUUGAUCUGGAAAUCAAUGUCAGCAUCAAAUGCUCCGACACGGCAUAUAAAUUCACUUCCACAAGCACGGAAAUCAAGAGCAGUAAUAGUCAUGCCACCAACAAUGUCUCCACAACAAUAGCGGAUUUGGCUGGAAUCGAGGCGGUUGGCAACGAAGAAACUUUUAAUGCUCAAGAAGAUAAUGAUGAGGAAUCGAAGCGAUGAGUUUUGGAGAUGAUAGAAAUUUUUUGAAUUUUAUGAACAAUAUACAUAUUUAUUGUGUUUAAUUGCUCACGAGGAUUUGCAUCAUUUUUUGAAGAAAUUUCGUUAAACUUUAAUUGGCGUGUAAUUUUUUUCUGUCAACAUUUUAUGUUUAUUCCUUUUUAAAUUAAAACGUUGAACUCCCUA